AGCAACCUGCCGUUAUCCUUUCAUUUCAAUGAGGAACAUAAACUAGCUGUAAAGACAGUGUUCAGUGAAAACGUUUAUAUUCCUGAAACGAUUCAGCUUCCAGGUGACUGUAGGAUCAUGUUGGAACAUCUCUUUCAGUCCUGCACUUCAGCCUCCUUGCUGGCAGCCAUUGUGGGCCUGCUGGUCCUAAACUUUCUUCGCUCCAGCUUCAGCUCCCAAAAUAGGGAGCCUCCAGGACCUACACCUCUCCCCCUGCUUGGUAACUUCUUUCAGGUGGAUUUCGACAAUCUUCACAUCUCUCUUGCUGAUCUGUCCAAAACAUAUGGAUCAAUUUUCACCGUCUACCUCGGACUUAAGAAGGUUGUAGUGCUGACAGGAUACAAAGCAGUCAAAGAGGCUCUGGUCGGCUAUGCUGAUGAGUUUGCAAAUAGAGAUAUUAUUCCAAUUUACAAUGAUUUCUCCCCAGGACAUGGCAUAGUAUUUGCCAAUGGCGACUCAUGGAAAGAAAUGAGGCGUUUUACUAUUUCUACACUGAAAGAUUUUGGGACGAGCAAAAGGAUUAGUGAAGCAAGAAUCAUUGAAGAGUGUAACUACCUGAUUGAAGAAUUUGAGAAGCAUGAAGGUAAACCCUUCGACAAUUCCAGGGUAGUUUCUUAUGCAGUUGCAAAUAUUAUAUCGUCCAUCAUGUAUAACACGAGGUUUGACUACAACGACCCUAUCUAUCAAAGUAUAGUGGAGAGAGACCAGGAGACCAUCGCUCUGAUGGGAUCAGCUUCCCUUCAGAUAUACAACACGUUUCCUUGGUUGCGCCCAAUUCUUAAGAACUGGAAGCUUUUGAUGAAGAUUAUAAGGGAAAACGAGGCUGAGUCAAUGAAAAUCAUAGCAAAUCUGGAGGAGACUCUGAACCCAGAGACGUGCAGAUGCUUUGUUGAUGCAUUCCUGGCCCAAAAGCAAAAACUAGAGGAGUCUGGAAUCAAGGAUUCACACUAUCAUUAUGAGAAUCUGCUUCAGACAGUGACAAAUAUAUUUGCAGCUGGAACGGACACUGCAGGACAUACACUUCAGUGGGCUUUGCUUUUCAUGGCAAAGUAUCCUCAUAUUCAAGACAAGGUCCAUGAGGAACUGAGGAGGGUGAUUGGAAGCCGUCCGGUUCGAGUAGAGGACAGGAAGAACCUCCCAUACAUUAAUGCUGUCAUCCAUGAGUCACAAAGACUGGGUAACGUUGGCCCCCACUAUGUUCCUCAUCAAGCCAGCCAAGACGUCACUCUGAAUGGGUACCUCAUCAAAAAGGGGACUCCUGUGUUGCCUAUUUUUUAUUCUGUCCUAUUAGACAAGAAUGAAUGGGAGGCCCCACACACAUUCAACCCUUCUCACUUCCUGGAUAAGGACGGUAAAUUUAUCAAAAGAGAUGCCUUCAUGCCCUUUUCUGCAGGUCGCAGGGUGUGUGUGGGAGAGGGUCUGGCUAGGCUAGAGCUCUUUCUCUUUUUCACCUCUCUUUUCCAGCGCUUUCGCUUUACUCCUCCACCUGGAGUUACAGAGGAUGAACUGGAUCUCACUCCAGUUGUGGGCCUCACCCAUGCUCCUACACCUCAUAAACUGUGUGCCAUCAGCCUUCAAUGAGGAAGAGAGCUGGAGCAUAUGAUAAAUGUCUUUGCCAAUGAAAUGGUUUUAUCAUAUAUUGUAUGUUAGCAUUAUUGACAAUAUUAUACUGUAAUUUAAUGUAUUGUUAAAUGCAACCUUUGAAAUCAUGUAUCAACUAUCAGUCUUGAAUUUGCUUAAUUACUGAAAAUGCUUACAGAAUUGGGCAGAUUUUCAAAAUAUAAUCCAAUCUGGUCUGUCUGUGAAAUAUGUCAUAAUAAAC